AUGAGAUCCAAACCAACUGCAACUAUACUGUACCACAUCUAUUCAAAAGAGUUAAUGAUUUAUUUUACCUUCUCAGAUGUCUGUCAAGGUCCACAUUGGCAUCAUUUUGCUAUAAAAAUUGGCUGUGCUGUGAUUAUUUUAUUUGUCUUGGCUGUGAUAGGCAUGAGUGUUGCAGGGAGCCUUUUAAAUAAAAACUUAUCAGUAGAAAAAAAUAGUGUGAAUGUUCAAGAAAACAAGAGUAUUCAAGGGAGGAAAUAUGAAACAACAGAGACAUUAUGCCAAUUAAAGUGUUCAAUGCCUUGGUAUUCAACCCAAGAGAAAUGCUUGUUUCUUUCACCCACAUCCAGAUUCUGGAAUGACAGUUUAGCAGAUUGUUACAGUAAAGAGUCCAGUUUGCUACUUAUUCAAGACAUGAAAGAACUGAGACUCAUACAGGGUCUAGUAAAAAAAGAAGCAGGAAUUAUGUAUUGGAUUGGAUUAAAUUUUACACUACCACAAAAGACCUGGAAGUGGAUAAACGGCACUCCUUUAAAUUCUACUGAAUUUAAAAUUUAUGGCUCUGAAGAUAAAACAAGCUGUGCUCUCAUCUCAGGUGAAAAACUGGUUUCUGAAACCUGUGACUCAGAAAACAGAUGGAUCUGCCAGAAAACCUGUCAGGAAUGA